UCCGGCCGGGCGAUCACGAGCGGCGUCGUGUCGGUGCAGUGCAACCGUGCCGGCGGCCGGGUGCUGCAGAGCAGCGGCGACUACCGCAUGGCCGGCCUGUCCUCCGUGAGCGUGGUGCCGUGCGACGGCUGUGCGGCCGCGCUGGCGUGCUUCGAUGCGCUGACGGCUUCGUUCUCUGACUGCGCGUGCAGCUGCCGUGCCGGCGGUGUGGGCGAGGCGUGCCUGCCGUUCGACGUGCCGCCUGCGAGGGCCGGUGGUGGUUCGCAGGACUGCGUGAGUGGUGUGACGCUGACGGAGUCCGUGACGGUUGGCGGUGGGCGGGCGACGGCGUGCUUCGACUUGGUGGUGUUCAGCGGGCCAAUCACCGUGGCGGUGGACCUGCGCUCGAUGGACGCGUUCGCUGACGCUCUGAACGUGACGCUGCGCCACUGCGUGCUUGCGGGCGGCGCGCAGCUGCGGAUUGGUGGCCUCAGCGAGAGCACGGCGCUCUCGAUGCCUCACGCCCUCGUCAACAUGACAAAUGUGACGUCGCUGGAGGGCACGUUCGUGCUGCAUGGCGCGAUGCCGCCGAACUCGAGUGUGCUGCUGGCGAACUCAACGCUGCGUACGACGGUUGGCGGGUCGCGGUACGUGCCGACGACCCAUGGCCAUGCGGGAUUGAGGUGUGGCUCUGCGCUUGUCCUGGACGGCGUCCGUCUUCUGUCGACGCGGUUUGUCAUGACGCGGUCUACGCUGGCGUGUGGCGGGGGUUCUUGCGCGGCUAUCCUCGUGGAGCGCAGCCUUGACGUGAACCUGUCCAGCGCCUUUUACAUGGACAACUGCGUUGUCGUGUCGCAGAUGCACGUGAUGCACGGUCUUGCGUCGGACCUGCGUGUCAGCGGCGGCUCCGUGUUCUCCAUACAGAACAGCUCUUGGAGUGCGCCGAGCACCGAAUACUAUAACGGCGCGUGUGGGUUCAGGGAUGUUGCGGUGGCUGGCGGCAGCGUGCUGCAGAUCGUGUGCAACACUUUCCGCCUCAGCUUUGCCAUGCUCAUGGCAGCCACUUUGUCCGUGACCGGCGGCAGCUGGCUGGUGCACCGCGACAACGAGUUCCGCACCGCCUACGUCGUGCACGUGAAUAACUACUACGGCGUGGCUUUCCGCGAUCGGAGUGUGUGGUCGAUAAUUGACAACAAACUCACGCACGGCUCGUACUCGUCGACCAUUGCACACAUGACAAACGAUUGGUCACAAUCAUCCGACUCGCGCCCGAUCAUCUACGGCGUGUGCAACGAGGCAAGGGGCUCUCCUGUGACGG